CAGUAGCUAGCAACUGGUCCAAGAAGAAGAAGCGAGUUAAAAGAAGAAAGAAAGAAAUGAAAUGAGAAAGUAAAAAGAAAAAAGUCCACGAGAGCAAUCCGAGUCAUGCAUUGGUCGUCGAUGUGGCACCGCGUUUUGUGUUUCCAGUUCAACGACGUUUACCAGUGGCGUGUGUGUGCAGUCUUUCUUCACUUUCUCUUCCUCCUUCCACCCCCGUUUCUCUCUGGUCAGCUCCGUUUACUUUCUCCCUCGUCUCAUGCGUUUCCUUUCUCACACAACGCCAGAGAGAACCAACCAACCAACGCUAUAAAAUCACGAACCUCCCUUUCGUUUUCUCCAUUUCCCGCUCCACCUGUUGCAGCCAUUGACGUCGCCGUUUUAGAUGGAUUAUUCAGAUGAAUCGCCUAUCUCGGAUUUUUGACCACAGCAACCAAACCAACACCAUGGACCGCAAGAACCCGCGCCGCAAGCCCAGGCUCGAGCGCCGCAACGCCCUCAAGUACUCCGAAUACGACGCCGCAUCGUCUUCCUCCUCGCUCGACGACGCGCUCUACACGCGCUCCAUGGAGUUCUACGACCGCACCAGUUUCCGAAUUGAAGGCGUCGAGGGCGAGUUCGAUCGAAUUUGUCGCAGCUUGGGCCUCUCCGGCCCGGAGGACUUCGCUAUUCCCGCCGCGGCGUGGGAGGCCAUGAAGUUUCGUUCCUCUUCGGAUAUUCUCCCCAGGCUGAAGCUCGACAACCUCGAAAUUCAGGAGGACGAAGAGGAGAAAGAGGAGAGGAAAAUAGAUUCGGCAGAGGAAGGUGAAUCGAGUGGAGAAUGCGGAGAUAAUAAGGUUAGGGUUAGGGUUAGGGAAGUAGAUGAUUCUAGCGAGUGCUGCAGUGGUAUUAAGGGGGUUCGGCCGCCGAUGCUGAAGCCGCCGCCGGGGGUGAAGGUUACGGCGGUGGAUAGCGCGUGUUCCACGUGGGACCUUUUGAGGGAGUUGGCGCCGCAAGGGGAAGGGUAUCCGGUGAACCAUUCCGACGAAGAGAGGGAAGUGGAGAGAGGAGACGCGGUGAAGGAGGAAGGGGAGGUUGGUGGAGUGAGUCCGAAGAGAGAAGAGGAAGGGAAUGUGGAUAAUGGGGCGAGGAUUGCGGAGAUUGUUGCGGGGCUUUCUGAGUCGAGUUUGUUUUCCACUUCCAAUGAAGAUGAUUCUUCUAGUAGCACCACGGACCCUAAGUCCACGAACAUUUCUCCCAACACGAGGAUCAAGCGUAUUAUUACUGCCGGUAGCUGGCAGAAGGGUGAGUUCUUAGGGGGUGGCUCGUUUGGUUCCGUUUAUGAAGGAAUUUCUGACGAUGGAUUCUUUUUUGCCAUAAAAGAAGUUUCACUACUUGCUCAAGGGAAUCAGGGAAAGCAAAGUAUCUAUCAACUGGAGCAGGAAAUAGCACUUUUGAGUCAGUUUGAGCACGAGAAUAUUGUUCAAUACUAUGGCACAGAAAUGGACGAAUCAAAGCUGUAUAUCUUUCUUGAGCUUGUAACCAAAGGUUCCCUUAGAAGCCUCUAUCAGAAGUAUACGCUUCGAGAUUCCCAAGUAUCUGCAUAUACCAGGCAGAUUCUGCAUGGUUUGAAGUAUCUUCAUGAUCGAAAUGUGGUUCACAGGGAUAUUAAAUGUGCAAAUAUAUUGGUGGAUGCAAGUGGAUCAGUCAAGCUUGCAGAUUUUGGAUUGGCGAAGGCAACCAAAUUGAAUGAUGUUAAAUCAAUGAAGGGGACAGCAUACUGGAUGGCUCCUGAGGUUGUAAAAGGAAAAAACCAAGGUUAUGGGCUUCCAGCUGAUAUGUGGAGUCUGGGAUGCACUGUACUGGAAAUGUUAACAGGGCAACUUCCAUACUCUAAUUUGGAAUUUAUGCAGGCAUUAUUUAGAAUUGGAAAAGGUGAGCGACCUCCUGUUCCAGACUCCCUUUCAAGCGACGCGCGGGAUUUUAUCCUGCAGUGCCUUCAAGUUAAUCCAAAUAAUCGUCCUACUGCUGCUCAACUUUUAAACCAUUCAUUUGUCCAAAGGCCACUUUCCCAGUCCUCUGGUUCUUCAUUUCCUCAUAUUCAGGGCCGGAGAGGUUAAACUAUAUGUCAUUUUCAAAUAUGAAACAUUAUGGAGGAUGCACGUAGAAUUCCUUUAGUUAGAGUUGGUCAGGGUUCAAGUGCGCUUUUAUUCUUAUUUGGGGCCCAUUGUUCAUGCAAGCAUAACUGAAAUAAGAAAAGGAAGAAAAGCAGAAAUUGUUCCUAACCUGUUUGUUUGCAUCCAUUUGCGCAUAUCAUUGUGGCGUUGUUGGAUUUAUCUCUUUCAGUGGCUUAUUUGAUCAUUUGAUGAUAGUUCUGUUCUUCAUUGCAUGUAACGUUUCCAAUGUUCAGUUUUGAUGUUGCUGGGGUUCAUAUAGGGUCCAUUACUGCAGCAAUUUGUUGAUUUGCUCGUGUUGUAGCAUUUGGAGUUUGCUUGCCUGCAACUUGUAUCAACUUUCGAGCGCUGCUUUGGAUCUAACACGUCAUACGGAACUCUAAAGAACCAAAGUUAUCGACUUGGCAAUAACCUAUUGGAGAAUUAUGCUCAAUGUGUUAUCUAAUUACUCUGAUGAUUUGUUCGUUGUAGCAAAGGUGAAGAUCAGCCUGAAAGAGUUACCCCUGCCUUCCCCCUCAAAUUAACUGACCGGCGAAAAACCUGUAGGGCUUAACUUGGAGCAAUAGUAGCAAGAAUUGGGGACUAUUCUAUUUGUAAAUAUUUUUUUUUAUUACAAUUAGCAUGCCAUUGUUUCUGUACAUCUAUAUUUCCAAAAAAUAUAAUUUAGUCUAAUCUUUUUUAAUGUUUCGCACUUUAUGUAUGGCCUCUCUGAAAAUUUGGUCUUUGGUUGAAUGCGAUUGUAUGAGCAGAUGGUUUAGAUUCAA